UGCUAUUAAAAAUUAUGACAUUGUUAGUUAAUGGGUAGUUUAAGAAUUAGUACCUCUUAGGGGUGAAAAAAAUUCAAGUCAAGCCCGCAAAACUGGAUUUUGGUCUUUUUGAAAUUUCCGACGAGCAACCCUGUCGUUUCCUCCGGGGGACGAGAGGCCACUCGCGGCUUCGCCGCUCGUUUUCGAGGAUCAAGCUGUAUACGACCCUAUACCCCAACCAACUAAACCGCCAGCUAAGCAGGCUAACGAAAUGCCAAAAUUCGAAUCUUAGGGUGCGUUCCUUUGGGGUGAUCUAGAUCAGGAUCAGUGAUCCAAGAUCACUCGGAUCAUGGUACAUCAAAGGAACCGACGAAUCCACUCUGGUGACGGAUUCAUCGGCUUCUUUGAUGCACUAUCAUGAUCCGAGUGAUCUUUAAUCACUGAUCCUGAUCAAGAUCACCCCACAGGAACGCACCCCCCUAGAUGACAAAUAUCAUUCAAAGCAUCCAUCACUUGUUUACGCUCAGAUCCACUCGACGCGCUAUUUCCGGGAAAAAUGCCAAACAGUCAUCUCAGAUUCUGAGAAACAGCUUGAUUCUUGAAGAGGAUCAAAUUUCAAACGGUCGUGUAAAUUUGGCGGAGUAGCCACAAGCCAUCUUACUACCGUUUCAACUCCUUCUUCCUGUCUUCGAAGUGGACACAUAUUAAGACACUGAAGCUACACUGCAAAUCGAUCGAGUUCUUGUGCAUUUUGCAGACUGUAAUGAGUAUCUGCAUGCCUCCAUCUCCCGAGGCUGGCCAGUAUUCAGCAUGAGCAAACCAUGCUCCUGGCGUGUGUAGCGGACGCCAAGCACAAGUAAGUUUUAGUUUAUACAUUCCUGUUAGUAAUACAUAGGCCCGGACACUAUAAAUCGAGCAAGGCUUUCCUGUUUUUGGUUAAUUUUGCAGUCGAGCCUCUGUGGAGCCUUUCAAGAAGCGGAUCUUUUGACAUCAAAAAACUGAGCCAUCAAGCAUCCUGAGCAUCCGUUCAAGUAAAGCAUAGUUCAUUGGGGAGAUUCAGGACCUGAAGAAAGAAAAUGUCUGACCAAGGCGACGUCAUGCGCGAUUUGACACUUCCUGUGGUCGUUCAUUUCUCCAUUUCCGAGGAUUCGGAAUGCACUCUUCAGUUGCAUGGGGACUAUGACGGUUUGUUCUAUUGGGAGAUCCCAGAUUUUAUGACUGAUUCCCUUUUCUGUGACUUUUUAUGCGAAAUCAUUGAUGCUAUAUCCGAUGGAGAAACGGAAAAGUUCAUUCAACUCCUCCAACCGUCUUCAGCAUUAGAAGAAGAGCUUCGAAAAUUUAACCGUAGGCGUCUAAAGUGGUUUCGUGUAACUGACGAUGAAACUAAUUCAAGAGUCCGUGAAAUCGUCAAGAGGUCUGGAGAUUCCAUUGCUCCUUAUCCACUAGAGGGAACGAUUAGAAGCAUCGACGUCCUAAUCAACAACGACACAGACCCCACUGGAGAACUGCGGAAAAAUCUUAAUCAGGCUAUUGCUGAGGACAUCGCGUUCUAUGCUGACCUGGAGGAGAUUGAUGAAGAAAUUGAGGAAGGCCAAGACAUUACAGUGGAAGAUGGAUACCCCUCAGACGAAGAACAAGAGAUUAACGAAGAGGUUCAAGCGAAUCCUGAAACGCCUUGCUAUUAUCCUUCGCAAAUAGAGAUGGCAGCUAUCUUAAAGAAGCGAAUUGACACCAUUAUGUCGCAUUACCACAACAUUUCGAGCCUGAGCGAUGUCUUUAACGAUGUGGAGUUCGUGGUGUACACGGCCAGGUAUAGAAUGCUCAGCGAUCAGACAGAGAAGAGGAUCUGUCAUCCCAAUGCUGGUGUAUUGUCGAAAGAGGAACUGGAAUCACGAGAUGGCUUACAUGGUAAGAAACGGAUGUUUAUGUACGUUCACAGCACAGAAACGGAAAAGCACUUUCAAGAACUCAAAAGGGAUGUUCAUGAAAAGCCCAACACCCUCUUCGUCAUCAUAGCAGAUGAAUGUCACUGGGGAAUCACGAAAGACAAGGAAGAGAAACCAUCUGCUCAUAAUCUCUUCAUCAACGAAUGGUGUAAAGAAAAAUCGCCCCAAAAUGUGGUUGUUGUCCAGAUCUCUGCAACACCCUUCAACCUCCUAACACAGAACUCUCGUCUUCCAGAGGUCCGAUGCAGUCUUCUUAACAACGAAAUCUCUACCGUUCGGAAUGAUUAUCAAGCAGGUGACCUUGUGGUGCUGGAAAGAGAACUUGACUUGGAAGAGCAUGUUAAAAACAACUCAAAAGAAGUAGAACUUCACGUUGUCCACUGGUCAGAAGUCGAAUUGAAAAACUUCGAAAGGGGGAUGCGGAUGAAGCUCAAAUCAACUCUAAAUAACAAAGAUGCACCAAAUCAAUACCUUCAGGUUUCUCCCGACGGAGAGCUGGGUGUUACAUGUACUGAAGACGACGCUAAUGAUUUUAUUGUACAAGGCAGCAACGGCAUCGUGAUCCUCAAAGCUUUGCCAAGCAACGAACAGCAACAAGCGAAGCCUCUGACAGUUAGUCAAGAUGCAGACGGAAAUUUGGUUGCCAAAGUUGAUUCCCCAAAUCCAACAAGAUUUGAAGUGAAGCUAGAUUUUGGAGUUGGAGUUCUGGCGUUUUGUUUAUGUGAAAAACAAAAUCACUAUCUUGCUGUUGAUGAACAUGGUUAUGUCAGUCUAAAACCAGCCAAAGUGGAGCGCAAAUGUGGUGUGUCGAUCAUGAAACCAACACCAGAGGUAGCUAGGAUCUCCUUCGUCUCCUACCAAUUCUUCAUUGAUCGAUCUGGGCCGGCGGAAGUUGACUUAGUUGGACAACAGUAUAUGAGUUUGAAUUUCUACCUGAGCACCAUGAACUCUUCCAACAGAAACGAGCAGAAGAUAAGGGAAGAUGGCUUUUUCCAAAAGAUCGUGGACAAGGCGAAGAGACAGAAGAAAAUGUCUAAAACAGACGCUCCCUCCUUCUCAGUUGAUGCCUUGCUAUGUUCGGAGUACUGCUACUACAUUCUCCUUGCCAGCGUUUACGACAGUGAAGAGAAAAUACGGAAAGCACUAACUUCUAAUAUCGAUGAAUCACCUGUCGCUGAGUUUGACCGAAAAGUCACUUUAUUUGUCCACAAACUAAGGAAAGAAACAACAAAUUCCAAAAAGUACAUUGAGCCGGAAGCUUUCGAGUUUGUUCGAAAAGAACUCUGUGACAAAGCGACGGACGAUUUUAAAGAAAACAUGAAGCAAUUGGGAAGAUUGGGUAAGCACAAUUCAACGACAGAAAAGCAAGAGGAGUUAAAGAAAGUAAAGAAAGAGGUGAUUACUUCAUUUGUGGCCUGCAUUAUGCAUCUUCCUUUGAAUGAGCUGCAAAAAAUUAUGGAAGACCCUCGCCUCAUCAGCGAGAUUAAAGAAAUAAAACAAAGGCUGCAGCUAAAUGACUUCCAAGAGAUGUUUGAAGAAUGGAUGAGUAAUCUCAAAAAAGGCGAAACAAGUUCCUUGGUAGAAAAUCUAAUCCGGAGUGGGAAAGGAAAGAUGGGAAGAAUGAAAAUUGUUCGAGCCAGGAGCAUGAAAACCGCUGAUCAAUUUUAUUUCACUCUACGACUGACGCGAUCAGUGUCUUUUCUUGAAGAAUGUUUCGAAGUCAUCAGAGACUAUGGCCGCAUUCAGAUCGAGAAACAGCUGAUGAAAUCAUCAAGUCCCUUCUUUUGGAAUCUUCAACCAGAAAUCUGCGCCGACAAGUUCGACUGCCGUUGCCGUGUCUUAAAGCCACAAGCUGGCCGCAAAAGGUGUGGUUACUGUGACCAUGUGCAUAAAUCGAUAACGCAGUAUGAGGACCUUGAAAAUCUGGCUUGCGUUCUCAUCCUGGUUGAAAAAGGUCGGAUGGGAGACACAUUUCCCCAAAGCUUUGAUUGCCUCGACCUUCGCCUCAACUAUGACAGCAGUUGCGAGUUCAAAGAAGGCUCGUCAUUGUAUCUUUCAACUAUUAUUCAAGAGCUCGGAAGAAUGUGUCGUUACUCAACGUCCUCUGCCAGUGAGACGCCUUAUGUACUGGUUGGGCGGGUGCUGUUCAAGACGCUUCAAAAGUCACUUGGAACGUCACCUUCAAUGAGUGCCAUUUCUUGUAACAAAAUUGAUCGGUACAUGACAAAAAGCAGCAGAAGCAAAGGGGAGAAGUUCUCAUCACUACGUUGGCUAGAUUAUGAAGCUCAUAAGGAUAGCUACGAUUAUCAAAACGCAAAGAAGCAUUGUAACAGAAUCCUUCUGCACGCGGAGCCCCAGAUUGGCAAGACGGGAACAUACCUUUGCCUCAUACGAGACUUGAGACUGGACAUUCUUGGAAAGAAGAAGGGUUCUCUUUCCGCGACACCUGCAUUUGAUGAAGGUAUCUUUUACCAACAUAAACAGUGUCAUGUUUCCGAAGAGAUCGCGGUCAGUGAGACCAUGGAAACUCAAGAUUGGCAAUUUCCAUAUUGGAAGACGAUCAAGAACUCUCCAAGGCUGUACGAUAGACCAGUGGCAUUGGGAAAGUACUCAAUUGGAGGGUGUUUCUAUACUCACGACUUGGAGGAAAGUCCUUUCAUUCUUAUGAAUCGAGAGCAACAGAACGCGACCAAGUCUUAUCACCAAUAUCAGCAGACUGAAUGUGCUGAUGGCGUUCGAGCUUGGCAUUGGUACCACUUCGAAAAAUGUGCCGAAUGUGGACGACUUCUCCAAGGCAAAGAACCAGUUUUGGAGACCUUCGAGGUUCACAUCGAUGAUGAACCAGUCACUGUUACAUGUUCAGUACCAAGCAGCUACACAUCUUUUAAGUACCUGCUCGAACAGCUGAAGAGAACGAGAUCCGAAGGAAAAGCUGCUAAAGUGCAAAAUUCCCUUACCUCCCUAUUCUGGAUCUUUCAUGCUUCACACAGAGAUGAUCCUCGCAAGUGCACCUUGAAUUACCACCAUGUAAUGCAAGAGAAGGGACAAGUCGCGACCUAUAUACAAGCAGUCGUUGUUCGCAAAGAAAAAUUCGAUGCUUACAGAUCCACGUGGGGAAAGGUGCUUACCAUUGUCCAAUUGCCAGAUAAGUUGCCUAACUGUGAGCUUGGACCGAAUGAAGGAGGAGUGGGGUAUGCAAGGCUUUUCAUUCAAAAGAUGUCAUUUGCCUUAAAUCUGGAAUACAUCUUUGUGAUGGAUGACAACGUGGUGGUGAUGUCCGAAGCAGUAUUUAGGACUGGUGACCCAUCGUCACCCUCAGAAAGAGUUCUAAGAGACGAGAAUGGUGUGAUGCAGAUGCAGCGCUGUUCUUUCCUCAAACCACUCAGCCAUCUUCAGAAAAUAGCGCAGGGAAAGGACACUCCACCAAUUGAUGAGACAAACUAUGAGCCACAUCCUUUAACAGACGAGUUUGAAUCUCAGGAUUUUCCACUGUAUAGCUACACCGGUCCUGCGAAGCUGUUUGGAAACAAGCAACACGAGAGCUACGGAGUACUGGGUCUUAUCAGAAGUAUUCCAGUCACAGUAACUCCAUAUUUAAGAACCCAAGUGUACGCUGCUAUUUUACUGAAUGUCAAGAGUACCGUCGGAAAAGGUGUUUUCUAUCGUCCAUGGCCUUGUUGGGAAGACCUACGGUUCAAUGACGACUGCGAUAAAGCUGGUCUCUGGGUAGUGAAAUGCAACCGUUACAGCUUUCUCAAAGUUCAGUACAAAGAUUGGAUCAACAACCUUGUUCUUCCAAAGAUCUUUGAGUGGAAAGAUGAUAGCAUUCUUGAGGAACGACCAAUUGCGAGCGAGCUACCCAAAGAUUUUGAAGAAGAUCUUAUCCUGAAACACCUUUCCAGCCUUGUUAGCACAAAGGGUCCGGAGAAGUGUUUCAAAGGAUGUCUCGGGUAUGAGCAACAAGAGGACAUGGAAAACACAGUCUGUCCAGCAAGAAUAGUUCAACAAGUCCAGGGAAAGGAGGCUACGGAAGAAGAUUUCACCAAUGGAGUUCCUGCUGUUAUUCUUUCGUUCUGUGUCACAAAUUCAGAGCGUAAAACAUUAAGUCUUCUGGAUAAGAUAUUUUGCAGCAUCAAAGAAAAGAUUAUUUUCGUCGCAAGUGCAGAGGAGGCAAUUGAGGAGUGGCCUCAGAUGAGUUUGGCUACCAUAGCAAGCAAGAAGGGAAUUUGUUUCUGCUCCGAAAUGAGAAAAAGAAAUGCUAAAUUUUCCAUUUUGUCGGCCGCGGACCCCAAGAGUCAUCGUUUACGAUACAUUUUAGUCGAGGCGUCUUUUCCGGAAGAAGAUAAGAAUGAUCCAGAAGACAUCACUGGAAGAAUUGAGAAUCGUCCUGCCAAUAUCAGAAAUGAGCCAGAGGUCGACGGAGGUACGUCCUUUAAUAACGUGCAACCUAUGAGCAAAGCAAAGAAAAGGGUAAAGAGAUCCCUUCGAGAAUCAUCCGAUGACAGCGUCGAAGUCAAGCGACUUAAAACUGAUGAAGAUUGCAGUCAAUUACCGGAAGGCGUGUUUCCGGAGGCAUCUGACGAUAUAAGCAUAAUAGAGGAAAGGUGUACUCCGAAGAAAUCGCUAAGCAGCCCUAAUCCCUUUUGGGAACAAAAUUUUGAACCAGAAAGAAAACAAGCCAAGACCGUCGUCAGCGAAUUCAAGCACAAGAAUAGAGAGAUUGAUUUAAUUAGAGUAGAUUCUGAGGACUCGGUAGAUGUAGACGAAGAGAUCAUGAUUGCAUCAGGGAAAAUGGAUUUUUUUGAAUCUGGUGGAGAAGAAAAUGAGGAGGUUGACAAUGUAUCCAAUAUCAGCAUUCUAAGUGAGGACCAAGAGACCUCGGCAAAGAAACGAGAUGCAAGAAGUGAAGAUCCUGGACAUAUAGAAGGAACCAACGAUGUCACAAAAGAUAUCGUCAGUCUUUGGAGGGAAUUUAGGAACCUGCCGAGCAGCAGUAGGAAAGACGGCGAGAAAACAGGAAGUAAUGAUCUUUCGGCGCAAUACGUGAAAGAAAAGCUCUCGCGUUUUUCCACCGAUCAGCUGCAGGCGAAAGACGACAAAGGUUACACUGCACUCCUGAAAGCUUGUUCUCUGCCUACCAUGAGCCCUCAUGUGAUGCAGCACCUUAUCAUUGAAAGAAAGGUAGAUAUCAACUGUACGCUGCCCAAGACCUUUGACAGAAACCAUUCAGCAACAAAAGGAUUGAUUCCAGGAAUGUCUGCUUUGUCAGUGGCAAUAAAAAGUGGAAAUGUCAAACUAGUCCCCACUUUCACAAGACGUAAAAAAGAACUAUCUUUUGGAAGCGCCGACGAUGAUGGGAAUACCGCUCUACAUCAUUGCGUUCUUUCAGCGUCAAAAGUUUCCUUCGAGAAACUGUUUCCUCUUUUCAAGCCACUAAAAUGGAAAACGAUGCACAACAACGAAGGAAAGAAUCCUUUGGAAAUCAUAGAACAUCUAGAUAUGACGGGAUACACUGAGAGGAAGAAAAACAUAAUCAACUUCAUGCGCCAAAAAAUGGAAAAGAUGGGUUCAAGUCAGUUGCUGCAAAACUUUUUUAGAGUCGACAUCAACAACAGGUUCACCUGUUACUUCAACCGACAACUGUCUACCUUGGACAGAGAUGAAGGGGACAUGUGUCUCAAGUGUCUUAAAGACCUAUUCCAGGUGUCCAGUUCAGUUAUGGUUCGUUGCGAAAGGUGCGAACUUACAACAAUGAGCCGAGAAGCAGUAGAGUUAAACAAGCUUUGUCACUUGUCAUAAUUAGUUUGCGAUUUUAAAAUUUUAAGAUUUUACCUCAAUGGUAAGGCUGUAACUUAGACACGACCAGGUUUCUGAACUACUUCGACCUUAGUGGCAGUCUCUAGAGUAGAUAUAUAGAAUGUCAAUAUUAUCAGGUAAAGUCAAAAAAUAAGAUUAAGAUGGUAAUUUCCGAAACGAAUUGUAUUAAUUUUUAAAGUCUUCACUUAAAGGGAGCCGCUUCAUUGAACAGACUUGAGGAAAUGUUCCUCUUGAUGAUAAAUAGUGAUAGGAAAUUGUACAUAACGAGCUUCAAAAGAGAGCAAGAUGAAAUUACAGUCUGCUCUAGACCAAUUCAAUGAUUAGGUCGACUGUAGAAUUAGAUAUUUCUAUAUGAUAUGGGAUGUCCUGGUCCUUAACUGAGAAACAGAAAAGUGAAAACGUCUUGAACCAGGGUAGAUAUCGGUUUUUGCAAAGUUAUACUGCUGCAGCUACUUAGCCACCCAUCUUUUUGUAUAAUUACGUAACGACUAGCAAUGGCCCCAGACGUUUUCGCCCAGCUUUAUGCUAUUAUGUACAAGAUAAUCAAUGUAUCGUUUUAUAAGUUUAGUAUUGAUAUUUGUUAGGUCUCAUUUACAUGGAAAUGUCUUAACCCGAAAGGGGAAAUUAAUGCCGUCUUUAAGUUGAUUUAAAGAAAAUUUUUAUUCUUGAAUUUAUUUUAAUCUAUGGUAUAUUGUAAUAUAGUCUAUUCAAAAAGGUUUAAUAUUCUUAAUCGAACCUUCAACUGUUUGUUGAACGAGUAAGUUUGUUAUUAAAUGACAAGUCUGUUCUGACACUCUUUGAUACUUUAAAAUCUGGGUGCACGGGUUGCGACUUAACAAACAAUAGAUUGAACUAUUUGGACCAGGCUCCGCCUGCUCUAAGGACGGAUAAAGUUAUGUAUUGGAAAUCGCUCUAUCCCAGAAUGGUUACGAUUUCUAAUUUUUAUUUUUAUUUUUGAUGGCAUGACAGUGUAAACCAGCGAUUCAGAUCAGAUCGUGUAUUAAAUAGUCUUGUUCCUAUACCGACCCAA